UCACUCUUUCCUUGUACUGGCUGCUGACACUGCCCCUUAUACACAGCGCACCCUGCCCACAGCCAACACAGCCCACACCAAGUGUGUGUAGAGAUACGGAUGAGGAGUCUCUCCCAGUCCCUGUCCCAGACAGCCACAUCCCUGCUCAGUCAAGUGCUGCAUCGACAAGCACAGUGUUGCCUACUUGUACGGGCAAAGAAAGAAUUUGCGUUAUUACCCAGGCGCAAACACUCUCUAUCAGUAAAAGACCCCCUCCUCCUCUUUUACGCACACAUAACCUUGUGUGAAGUUGUAAACAGUGUAAAACUUCCUCUGUACUUUGUCACCGCGAUAUCCUGUGAGAUACCGCAAAAUCCAAAGUCCCCCAGAGAGACGUCGCUAUAGAGAUGAAAAUCAACAUUUUACAUUGAGCGCGGGCAUGGGAAUCCUGAUUGGGAGAAUGGGAUGUGUUCCCCGUGCGAAGAAUGUACGCUUUAGAACCCUACAGAAAAUCCUCUUCACUCUCUGCCUGCUCACGUUAUUGUUCAUGGUCGUUCUUUACAAGGACCGGAUCUUACAGCGGGUCGCUCAGAGCCUGCCCGCAAUCAGCCCCAGUGAGCUGACAAAGGUAUCAGGAAUCCUGGGAGAUACCAACAGAAGAUAUCUGCAUCCAUCUGCAGCUAAUAAAAGCUUGAAAUUGUCAACUCAAGAAUCACAGAAAAUUACUAAAUCAAACAACAUGACUAUAGUGUUACCAGUUUUGAAAAAAGAGGGAACUGAGCAAUUAAUCAAGAGGACAUCUUCCAAAGUAACCACUGAGUCUUCUAAAACCACCCUAGAGUCAGUAGGCAUGACUACAAAGCACUUAGAAACCACUACUGAGUCUCCAACUAUCACCACAAAGCAUUCCAUAAUUACAGAGCCUGAAAAUGUCCCAAGAAAUCCUUCCAGAAUUACUGAGUCUCCUCCUGUCACCAAAGAGAAUUCAGAAAUCAUCUCCAGUAUCACAAAAGCCAGAGAAAUAACAACCACGUUAUCUUACCUUGGGGAUGCCUAUGGAUGGGACAACACUUACCUUAACUCUAGCUGUCUAAAUCGCACUAGAGAUAAGCUUAGAAGCAAUGAAUUCAAUGGGACCUUUGUGAACAACAUCCCGGUCUUUCAGUGGAAAAAACAUGCAAUUCUGUCUGAGUACCAACGACUAAAGAGAUAUAUGGGGACAUACGGAUGGAAGGAACUACCCUGGCAAAUUCUUAAUGAGACUUUGAACUUGCUGAAUUCUUCAGGCAAUGGGUACCUUUUUGAUACCUGGAAGGGUCGUUCACCUUGUGUGCGCUGUGCUGUUGUGGGUAAUGGAGGCAUCUUGAAUGGAUCUGGCAUGGGUGCUGAGAUUGAUGGACAUGAUUAUGUGUUUAGGGUCAAUGGUGCCAUCACAAACGGCUAUGAAAAUGAUGUAGGCAGAAGAACUUCAUUCUUCUUCUUUUCCACAAACACUCUGUUUAAUUCACUUGCUGCUUAUAAAAAGGAUGGUUUCAACAAGAUUCCAUAUUUACAGGAAACUCGCUUUCUCCUUUUGCCAGACCAUGACAGAGAUUAUCUGUUAGUCCGAGCUGCCCUUACUAACACUGUCAUUGACAGAGGUAGAGACAAGGGAAAAAGGCCAUCAAAUUAUUUUGGUCCCAAUCUCACCACAGAGCAUUUCAAAAUUCUUCACCCAGACUUCAUGCGAUAUCUGCGGAACAGGUACCUGUGGCAUCCUAUCUUAAACACUAAACAACGGGACAUUUACCGCCCAAGUACUGGUGCCUCCAUGUUGCUUAUGGCUGUGCACACGUGUGACCAGGUAAGUGCCUAUGGAUUCAUCACCCCAAACUAUGGGAAGUUUUCAGAUCACUACUAUGAUAAGUCAGUCAAAAAGGUUGUAUUCUACAUAAACCACAGUUUCCUAAGGGAGAUGCAACUGUGGCAAAAACUUCAUAAAGCUGGGGUAAUUAAGCUCUACAUGAGAGACUGAGUUACAAUGAAGAGGUAGUAACAAUCUCAUGAAGCCCCUGCAGUGUCAGAGAGUCUCAGUGUUGGCCCAGCAUUCAAGGCUGCAGACCUGACAUCAAUGCCUUGUGUCUUUUCCUGGAGUAUAGGAAAAUAGCUGCUCUCGCUGAUGCAAUCUGCAGCAUUUACUAUUGUGUCUACACUGGAUUAAAUGUGCAAAAGUACACAGUUUAAUUUUGAUUAAUUGUGUCAACAACAAUCAAGGAAACCAUUCUCUAGAAUUCUGUCUGAUUCAAUUUAGCUGUCACCCACUUGGCCAAUUUAUUUUAAUGAAAGGAAAAUGUUUAUGCAGAACCCAAUAGGAAUUUUAUUUACUCAUUUAAAACUCAGGUGGACUCUUUUUAAGUGGAUAAAUUGGAGCCGUUACUGUUAAAGGGGUUGUUCACCUACAAACAACUAGUUGGUUUCAGAAAGAUCACCAGAAAUAACGACUUUUUCCAAUGACUUUCUAUUUUCUAUGUGUGAGGUUUUUCUA